AUGCAUCUUACAUCCCUCCUCGCGAUUGGCAUCGCUGCCCUAGGCAGCACCGCCGCAGCAAUGCCCCGUCUUUCUGGACCAUAUCACGGCCACCGCAUCCCCGUGCAUGUCCCUACCAAUGCUACUACUGCGCACAAUGCUACCACGACGGGCACACGUGGGCGAGCUCCUCUAUCGACGGGAUUGGCUAAGAAUAGCACCCGGAACCAUGGUAUGAACCAUGUGAAUGUCAACCACUGCCAUGAGUUGUGUUCUUUACAGUCUCAAACUUGCUCGCUUGCGGUGCCGGAUGAUGACGCGUUCUGUGGACGUAGAGUCGGAGAAGACUGUCCUUCAGAUGAUGCACGUGCUGGGCUGCCCUCUCGAGAUGAUCUCCUGUGCCCCGGCCCAGGACCCCAAUACCUCUCAAUAAGCUCGCCGGGCCCCACCGCUAGUCCAGCAAAUGCCCGUCGUCCCCUGAGGCACGAGUCCCCGCCCAACCAAUCAGAGCCGGCCAUUGCGGCUCGUGGGCGUCCUCAAGCACGCGACACUUUCUAUACUACACCCAGUGUACGUUCGCGGUUAUAUAGUCUGGACCCCUUGCUGUGCAACUUGACAUCUAACGACACCAUUACACCCGAAUUCCCCUCUCUUUUCACCAUGUCACAACUCCCAACCCCAGCCAUGUCGGGCAAAUUUACCAUCAACGAUAAGUUCGAUGGAGUAGAUUCAUUGACUUUACCUCCCGCUGCACUAAGUCCCGAUAGUGCAAGCCGAAGUUCCUCUACAUCAGAUCCAUCUCAUAUCCCGGCAUCUCCAACUUCCCCAGAGCUCUCUGGCCGCCAGGCGAGUUACACCGCACGGUCGGGUGCAUCACUCAAACGUCCUCUCGAUGACUUGAACUUGCCUCCACCUCCAACACGGGCUCGCAAGAUUAUUCAGAUGAAGCCAAAGCCUCCAACAUCGAAAUCCCUCAGAGCAAGGAACACCAAGAGCUCACCCCAGAGUUCGGAGGAGCCUACACCCAGCCCCACAUCUACUUCAAAGAGAAAGCAGCCCAGUGCGACCAGUGCUGCUGGACGCAAGAAUGCCCGCAAGACUGCACACAGUCUAAUCGAGCGCCGUAGGCGGUCCAAGAUGAACGAGGAAUUUUCAACAUUAAAGGAUAUGAUACCCGCAUGUACUGGACAGGAAAUGCACAAGCUGGCUAUUCUCCAGGCAAGCAUUGACUACGUCAAUUACCUCGAGAAAUGCAUCCGCGAUAUGAAGACAGCAGGCCCAAGUCAGAUACCCGCCGCACCACCGUCACCGACAUCCCCCGAAUUCAUCGCGGAAACGGGCACCGAGCCCAUGCAGCGGGAUCCCUCUUCUACUUACUCUUACUCCUCCUCUGCAUCACCGGAGCUGUACGCUCCACCCGCUCAGUUCUCUGAUACAUCGCCGUCAUUCUCCCCGCGCACUCAAGUUCCCUCGGCUCAGACAAUACCCGGUUUGCCGUCUAUUCUCCCUAGUCCAGCGCUAGGGCCCAUGUGGGCCUCUCACGAGAAGAUGCAUGAGCUUCAGGGCGUAGAUCAUGAGGCCUCGACUGCUUUGCUUAUGUUGACGCAGGAUAGGAGAGGGACUGCUGAUUCGAUCAGUGAAUACUUUCCUGGGGGCACUGAUUUGACGAGUAUGCGGGUUACCCCGGGUGAGCGUCCUGAGACACAAAGAAGGAAGGGCAUGAGUGUUCGUGAUCUUCUUAUCUCGUGA